CAAACCUGCCUCAUUUAGUCUUAACCGGAAUUCACCAAAUCGCCGGAAGCAUGGACGAAUUUUUCGUGAGCCUCCCACGAAUAAUGCGUAUGCAUGGAUUUGCAGUCAUUCCUGUCAAAUUCAAUAUGGACUGCUUUGCUGGUCAUAACCUUUUUGUGAAGGAUCACAACUUAAGCCGAGAAGUAGACCCAAGAAGACCAAAUGACAGGACGUUAUAUGUUGUGAAUGUGCCUCCAUAUUAUAAUGAGGAGAGUCUAAGAAGAAUUUUUUGUGAUUACGGAAAGAUUCUUCAAGUUAUUAUACAGGAUGAAUUAUCCUUGUCAACCAAUAAUGAUGGAGAGUCUAAGUUUUUUAAGAAGAUUGAGACAGCAAAGGGAUUCUCUGCUGCUUAUGUGGUUUUCAACCAGGCUGGAUCUCUAAAAACAGCCAAACAAAUGUCGCUUGGCCAACCAAGAGUUCUUUCAACAGGGGAGAAACGUGUAUAUGCUGGAAUGAACAAAUGGUUACCAGAGUAUGCAGCAUAUCACACGUUGGAUACAACAGAGCUACAAAAAGAUAUAGAUAAAUACAUGGCUGACUUUGACAAGAAAAAACUGGAGGUAGAAGAACAUGAGAAGACAAUGGAUGGUGUGCCAGAUGAAUAUGGCUGGGUAACAGUGACAAGGCAGGGCAAAAACAAGGGCAUACCCCGAACAGAAGCUGCUGAGAAAAAGAUUUUGGCUAAAGAGAAAAAGAUGCGCAAAGAAAAGGAACUGUUAAACUUUUAUUCAUUCCAAACAAGAGAAUCCAAAAGGGAACCAUCCUGUCCCCUCCGGCGAAGUAUCCUCAGUGGGCUGACUGUGUUCUCGACCGUCGGUGCAAAGAUGAUGCCAUCCGAUCGCUCACGCACAACAUUAAUUGUUGUAAUCCUCAUUACUGAAGUGAAACGAGACCAGCUACCAUCGGUUUUCUCUGGAGGCAUUGUCCUGCUGUAGGGCGAGUGGUAAGAGUGACCAACUUGAAAUCCACGGCUUGGCUUUUUGCUUAGUUAUAGGCAUCUUGAGUUGAAGUUUACUCUGUGGAGUCCACAUGUAAAGUGACCCCCAGGGCAUACUUAGUUGAAGCUUGAGGAUAUUGGGAUGGUUCAACAUUGUGCUUCUCUGUACUGAUGAGCUGCUUAGAUAAACAAAUACCUUAGCCAUAACAAAAGUCAUAUCCUAAUGAAAAACAAACAUUUGGUAGGCCUACACAUGUGUCCUCCGAUCUUUCAAGUUGAGAAUGUGAGAAAAUGAGGUUUCUCAGGGUCAAAGGGGUUCACUUUGAAUUGGCCACACAUGCUCUUUACUGGCCAUAUGAAGUUUAAACUUGAUAGGUAGGCAAGUGUGAAUCUGAAGUAAUCUGGAAUUGUGACUUUUUGAAAAUUCAGACUCAGUGUUGUAGAGAUUCUACAAUUUCUAUAAUCCGUUGUCAUGGUAACUGCCCAAACUUAGAAACCUGGCCCUGGGACAUCCAGCAAUGACCAUAUGAACUCAAAAACUCUUAUUUCUAAUAAUGUAUAUAUCCUUUAUUUCAAACUAACAGUGCUUAGUAGGAUUUAAUAAUUUUUAACAGAAAUAUUACAUGUUGGGUAUUUGCCACGCCCACAUCACUUCAACAUAGAAUUUGAGGCCGGACAUAGCAAGAAGAUGAACUCGAAUAAAAAUUUUACAAUUCAAUAUAAUUCAAAAAUUCCUUUUGCACAGUAAUGUGGACAUCUAGGGGAAUCUGAAAACAGCAGAACA